AUCGUCUCUGACUCGCUUUGUCUCUCACAAUUCCACCUUUGACUCGUCCUAGUCAUCACGCACCCUCACUUCAUGCAUGGAACUUCACACCCACUUGAUCAAGUUUGGAUUUUCCCGCCACCCAAGUCUCAGAAAACAUUUGACAUCACUUUAUUCCAGCUCUCGUUGUUUUGGGCAUGCCCGUGACCUGUUUGAUCAAAGUACUGAACCAAGUGCGGUUGUUUCUUGGUCUGCAUUGAUAUCACGGUAUGUGCAAAAUGGGUUUCAUAAAGACGCCUUAUUGGCAUUUAAUGAGAUGUGUACGUUGGGACUUAAGUGUAAUGAGUUUACUUUCCCAAGUGUUCUCAAAGCAUGUUCAAUCAAAAAGGAUUUGAAUAUGGGGAAAAAGGUUCAUGCCAUGACUGUGGUUUCAGGGUUUGAGUCUGAUGCUUUUGUUUCCAACACUUUGGUUGUUAUGUAUGCUAAAUGUGGGCAGUUUGGUGAUUCUAAGAAAUUGUUUGGAAUGAUUUCGGAGCCGGGCGUUGUUUCGUGGAAUGCCUUGUUUUCUUGUCAUGUGCAGAGUGAUUUCUUAGGUGAAGCUGUUGAUUUAUUUAAACGAAUGGUUGAGGGUGAAGUAAGACCUAACGAGUUCAGUCUUUCGAUUAUAUUGAAUGCCUGUGCUGGAUUGCGGGAUGGGAGUCUUGGAAGGAUGGUUCAUGGUGUUUUAAUGAAGCUUGGACAUGGUUUGGAUCAAUUUUCUGCGAAUGCGUUGGUUGAUAUGUAUGCUAAAGCAGGGAGGAUUGAAGAUGCUGUUGCUGUUUUUCGAGAAAUUAUACACCCUGAUACUGUUUCUUGGAAUGCAGUUAUUGCUGGUUGUGUUCUUCAUGACUAUAAUGAGCUGGCUUUGAUACUGUUGAAUGAGAUGAAAAAGUCGGGAACUUGUUGUCCCAAUGUGUUUACUUUAUCAAGUGCCUUAAAAGCUUGUGCUGCAAUGGGGCUUAAGGAUUUAGGUAGACAGAUACAUUCUUGUUUGGUAAAGAUUGAUACUGAUUCAGAUUUGUUUGUGGCUGUUGGGUUAAUAGAUUUGUAUUCCAAGUGUGAGAUGAUGGAUGAUGCAAGAAGAGCUUAUGAUUUGAUGCCAACAAAGAAGGAUAGUAUUGCAUGGAAUGCCUUGAUCUCCGGUUACUCACAGUGUGGCGAUGACUUACAAGCUGUCUCACUUUUUUUCAAAAUGCAUCAUGAAAAUAUAGAGUUCAACCAAACAACUUUGUCGACGGUUCUUAAAUCUGUGGCAAGCUUGCAGGAAAUUAAGGUGUGCAAGCAAAUUCAUACAAUUUCCAUGAAGUCUGGAAUUUAUUCAGAUUUCUAUGUUAUAAACAGUCUUCUUGACACUUAUGGAAAAUGUAGUCAUAUAGAUGAAGCUUCUAAAAUAUUCGAAGAGCGCGUUUUGGAAGAUUUGGUGGCUUACACAUCCAUGAUAACGGCAUAUUCUCAGUAUGGCGAUGGGGAGGAGGCUUUAAAGCUAUAUUUGCAAAUGCAAGUUGCAGAGAUCAAGCCGGAUCCGUUUGUCUGCAGUUCUCUUUUAAAUGCUUGUGCAAACUUGUCGGCAUAUGAGCAAGGGAAGCAACUACAUGUCCAUGCCAUUAAGUUUGGGUUUAUGUCUGAUAUUUUUGCCAGUAAUUCUCUUGUUAAUAUGUAUGCAAAAUGUGGAAGCAUAGAGGAUGCUGGUCGCGCCUUUUCCGAGAUACAUCAGAGAGGAAUCGUCUCAUGGUCUGCAAUGAUUGGAGGGUUGGCUCAACAUGGACAUGGUAAAGAGGCUCUUAAGUUGUUCAAUCAAAUGCUUGAAGAUUGUGUGUCACCAAACCAUAUUACAUUAGUCAGUGUUCUCUGUGCAUGUAAUCACGCCGGUUUGGUAAAUGAGGGGAAACAAUAUUUUGAAACAAUGGAGGAAAAGUUUGGUAUCAAACCUACACAAGAGCAUUAUGCUUGCAUGAUUGAUCUCCUUGGAAGAUCAGGGAAACUAAAUGAAGCAGUGGAGCUUGUGAAUUCCAUUCCAUUUGAAGCUGAUGGAUCAGUUUGGGGGGCACUUCUCGGUGCUGCAAGAAUCCAUAAAAACGUUGAACUUGGUCGGAAAGCUGCAGAGAUGCUUUUUGUUCUCGAGCCAGACAAAUCUGGUACUCAUGUUCUCCUCGCAAACAUUUAUGCAUCAGCAGGGAUGUGGGAAAAUGUUGCUAAUGUUAGAAAGGUUAUGAAAAACAGCAAUGUGAAGAAGGAACCUGGAAUGAGUUGGAUUGAGGUCAAAGACAAGAUACACACUUUCAUUGUUGGAGAUAGAAAUCAUUCUAGAAGUGAUGAAAUAUAUGCUAAAUUGGAUGAGUUAAACGAGCUUCUAAGUAAAGCUGGAUACAGUCCCAUCACAGAGAUUGAUAUACAUAAUGUGAACCAAAGUGAAAAGGAAAAGCUCUUAUAUCAUCAUAGUGAGAAACUUGCUGUAGCUUUUGGAUUAAUAGCUACACCACCUGGAGCUCCGAUAAGAGUAAAAAAGAAUUUGAGAGUUUGUGUUGACUGCCACAGUUUUCUCAAGUUUGUAUCUAAGAUUGUUUCAAGGCAAAUUGUUGUUAGAGAUAUUAAUAGGUUCCACCAUUUUAAAGAUGGAUUAUGUUCUUGUGGUGAUUAUUGGUGAUAUCAUUAAGAUGACUCAUUCAUUAUAUACACAACAUCGAAAAUGCUGGUUUUUUUACAAACUUGGUUGUAAAUCAAGCAUACUCAUGACACGGUGGUCCAACAUGGAAAAAGAAAGGAAACACUCGGCAUUUCCAUCUUCAUCGAUCGCGACAACACCACCGUAUCCAACCUCACUGGCCUUUCAGACGCAAAGACUACAUUGCCCGAUUUCCAGUUGUUGCCGAGGAUUAUCGUUCAAUUCUUUUUAGUGGAGUGUUCAAUAUGCGGGGAAAGGCGUGUGAGGUGGUGAUUGAUACUGUGAGCAGUUCUGUUGGCCCUUUGAGAGCCGUUGGUCAAGGAAGGACGCCGGUAAGGGAAUCAAUUUUGUUGAUAUAAAUUUUAUCAAUUAAUUCAACUUAUGUACUGAUAUUGCAGAAGUUUCCUCAAACUGUUUUUGUGAGGAUUAUGUCCUUGCACACAUCCCUAUUGCUUGUAAAAUAAUUACAAAGGGAGUGUCUUUCAAAAAAUUCACUGGCAUACAAAAUUUGUGAAUGCAUCAUUUAGAAUUCUAGAUUGUUUUAGUUUCAAUUUUCAUUUAAUUUGUAUUUAAAUGCCAUUUAGUUUUGUAUUUCAUUUACAAUUGAAUUUGGAUUAUUGUAUAAAAUCCAAAGGUAGUUGUAAUAUGUAACCGAACUGUGAAUUUGAGAAUUAGAGAAAUUUAGUUACAGGAUUUUCUCUA